UCACGUUCGUCAUCUGUAUCUGAUUGUCUCAUUCAGUCAUUCUUAAUUUAUUAGUGAUUUGCUAUUAAGCUAGUAAGAUUCGGGUUUGAUCGAGAAUUAAUAUUACUCGUUACUGAAGAGAGAAGUUACUCAAUAUUUGUUUAUGUAUUUAUACCAUAUAUUGAGUAAUAAUUUAUUAUUUUGAAAAUACUAACAAGACAUGUCUGAUUCAAAUAGACCUGAGCUUUUCGAAGAUGUGAAACUAUUUAGGAAUGCUCGAGAACGUGAGAAGUAUGACAACAUGGCAGACUUGUAUGCGGUGAUCAACACACUGCAGAACCUGGAGAAGGCUUACAUCCGAGACUGUGUCACUCCCAAGGAAUACACGGCAGCCUGCUCUAAACUGCUAGUUCAGUACAAGGCAGCAUUUAAACAGGUUCAAGGUGAUGAGUUUCCUAACAUUGAAGGGUUCGUAAAGAAAUACAGAUUGGACUGCCCAGCAGCAAUGGAAAGAAUAAAGGAAGACAGACCAAUAACGAUAAAAGAUGACAAAGGAAAUACAAGUAAAUGUAUCGCUGAUAUCGUAUCUCUUUUCAUCACUCUGAUGGACAAAUUGCGGCUGGAGAUCAAGGCUAUGGAUGAGCUCCAUCCUGACCUGCGCGAUCUUGUCGACACAAUGAAUCGGCUCAGUCUACUGCCCUCAGACUUUGAUGGCAAGCGUAAGGUUGCAGAUUGGCUGGCUGUGCUUGAUAGCAUGCAGGCAUCUGACGAGUUGUCUGAGACCCAGGUGCGACAGCUCAUCUUUGACCUUGAGUCUUCUUAUAACGCUUUCAACAAGUUACUUCACAACAGCAGCUAAAGGCUUCAGCUUUUGUAAAUUGUUAUGUUAUAAGUAUUCUUGAAGAUUAUGCUUAUCAUAUGUGAUUUAUUUUUUAUGUUUUUAAAACUUUGUUCAUUAUUAAACUGUACUUUUUUAAAUCUUUGAGCAUGUUACAUAUAUUGAAAACAUAAAUGAAUAUUAAAUCCACCAAAUUUGAUAUUUGUUCAAAGUUUAUUGACAGGAAAACUGCCAAAGAAAUAUUAUUAUAUAAAAUGUAAACAAACUGUUCUUUGAGAAUUGAAUAUUUAUUUUGAAUAACAAACAAUAACAGUUCCUUAACUGCUUAAUCAUGGAAGUAUUAACCAUUUUCCCUUAUGCUGUAGUGCCAUUUGCAGAAAAGCCAUAUUAUUUGAAAACAAGGUUUGUUCCUAAGAAGUUGAUUUGCAAUUAUAGAGAUUAGAAUAUUGCUGAAGAGACUGAAAGCACACUUUUGCCAAUGUUAUUUCUUCUAUUCUUUGAGGCUCAUUUUGACUACAAAAGGAUACGGGAUAAUAUUCUGUAGGUCUUUAAACUACUAAAUUUCCAGUGUUUGUUGCCAUAGUCAAGUAAUUUUAAUUCACACUUUAUAUCCAAUAGUAAUGCCUGGAUAUAAUAAUUAGCUUGUGUGCAUCCAGCCAAAGCUAUCAGUUAAAUUAUUGUUUGUUUUGUGAUGUAACAAGAAUACAUUAAAAUAUUGAAUUCAUUGUCUCUAUGUAUUGUUAAUUGAGAAUAACUACAAUUAUUUAUAUGUUUAAUUAAUUUAACAGAGCAGUUCAGUAAUUAUUUUAUUGCUCCUUGGUGGAUAAUAUACAUACCAUUACUAGAAUAAGGUAUGCAUGUUAGAUUAUUUUUAUAGUUAUGCAGUUAAAUAAUAAGCAUGCCCUGGUUAUACCAGGUCCUUUGAACCCAUCUGAAAUGAUUAGACGAAAAUUGGUAUGUGAUGAGCUAAAUAAGUGUGUCAUGCACAGCAGUUGAUAAUGACAUUGUCAUGUUGGUGACAUUGGCAUAAUAAUUUGAAGAGAGGGGUAGCUAAUUGGUGUAUUAUAUAUAAUACAUAUGUGAAUUUCACCUCUAUGGCAGUGUCUGUUAUGUACUGUUGUUCAUCACUAUCCAAAAUUGCUCAUAACAUUUCUUUUUAAGCACCACACAUUUCUCUAUCCAUUGCGGUAACUGGAUAUAAUCUAUUUGUAAGAAAUUUAAAUUUGUGCUUAGCACUCAAUUAAAUGCAUUUGAUUGAGUAUAGAUUAGUCUGCUUUAAAGUGAUCAGUUUAUAACUGAAGGAUAUGUUUUUAUAUAAAUACCAUACUGAUACAUACCUAGUUGUAGAAAGUAAAAGUUGUAGAAAUAAAAUACAUUUUAUUUAUAUAUAAAAA